AUGGCAUCCUUUGAUGUAUACGAUCGAUCGGGUUGGUACUUUGGAGCGAUGUCACGCCAGGACGCCACGGAUCUGCUGCUGAAUGAACGAGAAAGUGGAGUGUUCUUAGUUCGCGACAGCACGACCAUAGUGGGCGAUUUUGUACUGUGCGUGCGUGAAGAUUCAAAAGUCAGUCACUACAUUAUAAACAAAAUUCCCUCGGGCGAAGAGUGCUUUGUGUAUCGCAUUGGAGAUCAGACAUUCGCCGAUUUGCCGGAUCUGCUUUCAUUCUAUAAGCUACAUUAUCUGGAUACGACGCCUCUUCGAAGGCCCAUGUUACGCCGGUUGGAGAAGGUGGUAGGAAAGUUCGAUUUCGAUGGAAGCGACCCAGAUGAUCUACCCUUCAAGAAAGGCGAGAUUCUUCACAUAAUCAGCAAGGACGAAGAGCAGUGGUGGACGGCCCGCAACGGGCAAGGUCAGACGGGACAGAUUCCAGUGCCAUAUGUAACACGGUACGACGAGAACAUCAUCGAACGACCGAAUUCGGGCGGAGGAGGAGGAGCCGGUCCGGGCCACCAUCAUCAUUCAGCCGGAGGGAUGCACCAUUCGGAGAAUUCGAACAUCUUUAAAUCGAAUCUAAAUCGACAGCUGCCGGCAUUGGCUCGCGUCAAACAAGAACGCGUCCCCAAUGCGUACGAUGAAACGGCCCUUAAGCUGAGUGUCGGUGAUGUCAUAAAGGUGUUGAAGACGAACAUCAAUGGUCAGUGGGAAGGCGAACUGAAGGGAAAGAUUGGGCACUUUCCCUUCACCCACGUGGAAUUCAUUGACGAGUGAGCGAAUCUGGUCUGCCUUCGUCUAAGCCAUGCUAGGUGAACACGCUAACGCUUGCAUUUUGCGAAUGAGUUUUCACAAUUACCACUAUGGCGACGAUGGCGACCGAUUUU